CAUCCGGGAGGAACAGGGCGAGCAGCCUGGGUUAGGGACAUCAUCAGCACGGACACAAUCUGCGGACAAGCCAACUUGCGACAACAUAUGUAAAUUUCCACCAGACGCGCCUCCUCCUCCCCGCUGCUUGCAAGCCGAGCAGUCUGGAGUUCACCGUGAUAAAGCAGCGUGGGGACGCCGUGGAGCCGUCAGUCCGCUCCGGUCGUGGGUCAGCAGAGGCAGGGCAGCAUCUACUGAGCAGCUUCUGGGGUGUUUUCACUCGGAGCAAAGUACAAGGUCCUCAGUGAGAGAACAGAUAUGACAGAGCUUUAGCUGCUGCCGUUCGCCUUUUCCCUCCUUCAUCACCGCAGACAACUUUUAUGUGGCUUUUUUUUUUUUACCGUGUUUUAAAACUUAUCAGUCCAAGUUUAGCACCAAAAGAUGUCGUGCCUUUUAUUAGGAGUUAUACGAAGGCAGGGUGGCAUUGGGGCCAGUGUCGGAGUCCGUUCUCUGGCCUCCAUCCCUUCUCUACCACCUGCCGUGGCUGAUUUUGUGAAGGGAGCUGUGGACGAGUGCAAGCCCGCCAACGUCCACGUAGUAACCGGUACUCCUGAGGAAACGGCCAACAUCCUGGCCGGCCUGGAAAGGGACGGCAUGGUCAAGAGGCUUCCCAAAUAUGAGAACUGUUGGUUGGCCCGUACAGACCCAAAGGAUGUGGCCCGGGUGGAGAGCAAAACUGUGAUCGUAACCAAAAACCAGAGAGACACCAUCCCCAUCUCUGCUGGAGGGGCGAAGAGCCAGCUGGGUAGCUGGAUGAGCGAGUCGGACUGGCUGAAAGCCAGACAAGACCGUUUCCCAGGGUGCAUGGCGGGUCGGACCAUGUAUGUGAUUCCCUUCAGCAUGGGACCCGUCGGCUCAACACUAAGUAAAUAUGGCGUCCAGGUGACAGACUCGCCGUACGUCGUAGCCAGCAUGGGGAUCAUGACGCGCAUGGGCUCCCCUGUUCUGCAGAAACUGUAUGAAGGAGAAGAGUUUGUCCGCUGUCAGCACUCGUUAGGACGACCUUUCCCGCUCAAAGCUCCUCUGGUCAACUCUUGGCCUUGUAACCCAGACAAAGUCCUAAUAUCUCACCUGCCGGACACCAGGCAGAUUCUGUCCUUUGGCAGCGGUUAUGGAGGAAACUCUCUCCUUGGGAAGAAGUGCUUUGCCCUCCGCAUUGCCUCUCGCAUCGCCAAGGAUGAGGGCUGGCUGGCUGAGCAUAUGUUGAUCCUUGGAAUCACCAACCCUCAGGGUGUGAAGCGCUACGUGGCGGCGGCCUUCCCCAGCGCCUGCGGUAAAACCAACCUGGCCAUGAUGAAGCCCGCUAUCCCCGGCUGGAAGGUGGAGUGUGUUGGGGACGACAUCGCGUGGAUGAAGUUCGACAGUCAAGGCAAACUCAGGGCCAUCAACCCAGAGAACGGGUUCUUCGGCGUCGCACCGGGCACUUCGGACAAGACCAACCCUUACGCCAUGGCCACCAUCUCCAGAAACACGGUGUUCACCAAUGUUGGUGAGACGAGCGACGGGGGAGUGUGGUGGGAGGGGCUCGACCCCCCUGCAGCUGGGGUUACGCUCACCGACUGGCACGGCAAAACAUGGAAACCAGGAAGCUCCACGCCAUGUGCCCACCCUAACUCACGCUUCUGUGCUCCGGCGGGUCAGUGCCCCAUCAUUGACCCCCAGUGGGAGAGCGAGGAAGGGGUUCCCAUCGAUGCCAUCAUCUUUGGAGGCAGAAGGCCUGAAGGAGUCCCUCUGGUCUACGAGUCGUUCAACUGGCAACAUGGGGUGUUUGUUGGCGCUGCAAUGAGAUCAGAGGCCACAGCAGCUGCAGAGCAUAAAGGUAAGGUGGUCAUGCACGACCCGUUCGCCAUGCGCCCAUUCUUUGGCUACAACUUCGGCGACUACCUCGCCCAUUGGCUGAGCAUGCAGACCAGGAAGGCCCCCACCCAGCUGCCCAAGAUCUUCCACGUCAACUGGUUCAGAAAGGACCCCGCCACCGGCGCCUUCCUCUGGCCCGGGUUCGGAGAAAACGCCCGUGUGCUGGAGUGGAUCUUCAAGCGCUGCGGCAGAGAGAGGGAAGAGGAAGCGGCCAAGAAGAGCUACAUCGGCUGGUUGCCAGAAGAUGGCGCCAUCGACACUAAAGGUCUGGGCGGUAAGGUGGAUAUGGGCGCCCUGUUCGAUGUGCCCAAACCUUUCUGGCAGAAGGAGACCAAGGAGCUGAGGGCGUACUUCACUCAGCAGGUCGGAGCUGAUCUGCCUGCUCAGGUGGAGACAGAGCUGAAGGCGUUGGAGGACAGAGUCCACGCUUAG